GGGCUCCCGGCGGCCGACGGCGCGCAGGGAGGUGCCGACCCUCGGGGAGGAGGCGCUCUGUUUUUCCAGACACUGCCCUUCCAUUGAGGAGCCUGAAGGAGGUGGACAGAAGAGCUGUCAUAAAUUCUUAAAUUCUUAAAGCCAUGUCCAAGGAUUUGGUGACAUUUGGGGAUGUGGCCGUAGAUUUCUCCCAAGAGGAGUGGGAGUGGCUGAACCCUGCUCAGAGGAAUUUGUACAGGAAGGUGAUGUUGGAGAACUAUAGGAGCCUGGUAUCAUUGGCAGGAGUUUCAGUUUCUAAGCCAGAUGUGAUCUCAUUAUUGGAACAAGGAAAAGAGCCCUGGAUGGUGAAGAAGGAGGGGACAAGAGGCACAUACCCUGAUUGGGAGUAUGCAUUUAAAAACAAUGCAUUUUCAUCAAAGCAAGUUAUUUAUGAAGAAUCAUCCAAAGUACUGACAAUGGGAAGAAGCCAUCUUAGUUAUAGCCUUGACUGCCCUAGUUUGAGAGAAGACUGUAGAUGUGAGGACUGGUUUAAGAACCAGUUAGGCAGUCAGGAGGUACAUUCUAGACAACUGAUCACCACUCAUGAAGAAAUCCUCACUGAAGAUAAAAGUAAUGAAUAUACUAAAUCUUGGCAAACUUUCCAUCAGGAUGCAAUAUUUGAUAUAAAACAGAAUUUUCCCACCAAAGAGAGAGUACAUAAGCAUGAGCCACAAAAGAGAAACUACAGAAAAAAAUCUGUUGAAAUGAAACAUAAGAAAGUCUGUGUACAAAAGAAACUUUUGAAAUGUAAUGAAUGUGAGAAAGUUUUCAACCAGAGCUCAUCUCUUACUCUUCAUCAGAGAAUUCAUACUGGAGAGAAACCCUAUGCAUGUGUUGAAUGUGGGAAAACCUUCAGCCAGAGUGCAAACCUAGCUCAACAUAAGAGAAUACAUACUGGGGAGAAACCUUAUGAAUGUAAAGAAUGUAGGAAAGCCUUCAGCCAGAAUGCACACCUUGCUCAACAUCAGAGAGUUCAUACUGGAGAGAGACCUUAUCAGUGUAAAGAAUGUAAAAAAGCCUUCAGCCAGAUUGCACACCUGGCUCAACAUCAGAGAGUUCAUACUGGAGAGAGACCUUUUGAAUGUAUUGAAUGUGGAAAGGCCUUUAGUAAUGGUUCAUUUCUUGCUCAGCAUCAGAGAAUUCAUACAGGAGAGAAACCUUAUGUAUGUAAUGUGUGUGGGAAAGCCUUUAGCCAUCGUGGAUACCUAAUAGUACAUCAGAGAAUUCAUACCGGAGAGAGACCUUAUGAAUGUAAGGAAUGUAGGAAAGCUUUCAGCCAAUAUGCACACCUUGCUCAACAUCAGAGAGUUCAUACUGGAGAAAAACCUUAUGAAUGUAAAGUAUGCAGGAAAGCGUUCAGCCAGAUUGCAUACCUUGAUCAACAUCAGAGAGUUCAUACUGGAGAGAAACCUUAUGAGUGUAUCGAAUGUGGGAAGGCCUUUAGCAAUAGUUCAUCACUUGCACAACAUCAGAGAAGUCAUACUGGAGAAAAACCUUAUAUGUGUAAGGAAUGUAGGAAAACAUUUAGCCAGAAUGCAGGCCUUGCUCAACAUAAGCGAAUUAUACUGGAGAGAAACCUUAUGAAUGUAACAUUUGUGGGAAAGCCUUCAGCUACAGUGGAUCUCUUACUCUACAUCAAAGAAUUCAUACAGGAGAGAGACCCUAUGAAUGUAAAGAUUGCAGAAAAUCUUUCAGGCAGCGUGCCCACCUUGCCCAGCAUGAGAGAAUUCAUACCAUGGAGUCAUUCUUGACUCCUUCCUCUCCCUCACCCUCUAUGUCCAGUCAGUUGCCAAGACCUGUAGGUUUUAUCUCCUAAAAAUGCCUUGAACCAGACUCCUUUAAUCCAUUUCCCUUCCAUUAUCUUUGUCCAAUACACAGUAAUCUAUUUCAUAUGGACUAUGGAAAUAACUUUCUGAUUGGUCUCCCUGUAUUUACCAUUUCCUUUGUCAGUUGCCUACACUGUAGUCAAACUUGUACUUUAAAAGUUUGACGAUAUCACUUCUCCUUCAUUGGUACCCUUCAUUGGUAUCCCCUAGUUCUUAGGUUAAAGCACACAUUCCUCAAAAUAGCGUAAAAGACCCCCUGCCCCAGAUACCUUGUUCCAUUUAUACCUUACAAAGUACUGUUUUGUGUCAAAAUCCAUCUAAUUCUUUGGACAAUUAAGAACUCCUAUUCCAGCAUCAAACAGAUCUGGGUUCUAAUCCUUGCUCUUCCAUUUUCUAGCCCUCUAGUUUUAGAGAAACAUUUUGUCCUUUGUAAGGUUCAGUCUUAUUUAUAUUAUGGGAAUAAUAAUGGUACUACCUCAAAAGUUGAUGGGAGAAUUAAAUGAGAGAAUGCAUGUAAAUUGCUCAGAGUGCCUAGCAUAAAGUAAUCACUGAAUAAACAUUACUGUAAAAUGAAGAGA